AUGGAUUUUCGCGUCAAGAUUUUGAACGACUAUGAAGCUGUGAAUUCAGCGAAACGCCUUUUAUACGAUGUCUACAUUCACGAGUUGGGCUGGGUCUUUCGUGACGAUAGCCCGACUGGUUUUCACAUCGACAAAGACAAACGAAGCCAACCGAUUCUCUGUGACGCGUUCGAUAAGACGUCUAUUUGGUUCGGUGCUUACAAAGAAGACAAACUAAUUGGGGUAGCACGAGCCGUUCAACGAAACAACACCCUUGGAAAGCUCGAUCUUGAAUUGUACCCCUCGAGCAGUUUACCUUCCAUGAAGAGGCUUUUCCAAGGAAAAGAAGGGUGUCAAAUGAUAGAAGUCCAGCGUGGGGCAGUAGCCAAGGAUUACAGAAACACAGAACCUAGCGUCAUUCAACUUCUCCUCUUAUUUGCGUUCAGCUUCGCGCAAGAGAAACAAUUCAGCAUUGUUUGUCCUACGGUUUUUCCUGCUCUAGAGACUUUAUUUAGCCGGGCGGGAAUGCACUUGGUAGAGAAAAAUUUCACGUACGGCGAAGGCGAAGAGGAGUGGCCAACCUUCAUUUUUUUUUGUUCUUCAGAUGAGCUGGUGCAAGUUUUGAAGAGACUAAAAAGGGUAACAAGCAAGAGAAAUGCAAAUUUCCUUCAAGAGAGAGGUCACCAAGCCAAGCGAAGCAAAUUUAAUGUUGUAUAA